GAAAACAAGCAGGGGUGAAAUAUAAAGGGAUCUAUCUACCCUUGCUAGAUAACAGGAGUGUGGAAAACUUAAGGGACACACACACACACACCAGCUAAGGGAACCCAGAACCAUCACAUCCCUCCGUGGGAGAGAACUUUUGAGGCUAACCUUCUACAGCCAUCCUUUUAGCAGACUACCUUUUUUCCGUCUCUGAUCCCCAGGUGAACGGGAGAUGCCCCGCUCGUUCUUAGUGAAAAAUAGGAAGGUUCACUCCCACCAUGAUCGUGCGGUGGAUGACAGCAUCCUGCUGCCCAGGUGGGACACAGGACCCUCAACAGCCUUUCCUGCCGUUAUUUCCGAGGACAGCGUCCCCGAAGAUAGCAAAGCCUUCCAGGCAGAGAGUCCACCCUGCUGUUCUCCAAAAGAAGACCAGGACCUCCAGAGAGACAAGGAGGAACAUUUUCCCGUUCAGAAUAUAACACUGACGGCACCACAGCAGCCAAAUCAAGAGAUGCCCAUCCCGGCUUUAAAACCCCAAGAGGAGAACGCUUCCACUUACUACAGCCCCAGUUUUGCCUGGAACACCUUCCGCCCUCCGUUCGGCUACAGAUCCAUGACUUCCACCAUGCUGGAGCACUCCAUUCAUCUGUAUGGCAGCCCAAUCCUUCCUGCCUCGGACCUCCCUCUCGAUUACAGCAUGCCCUUCUCGGCCGAGAUGGAGACCUACCACUGUGUCAUCUGCAACAAAAUGUUUUCUACCCCACACGGCCUGGAGGUCCACGUGCGGCGGACCCACAGCGGCACCCGGCCUUUUGCUUGCAGCGUUUGUGGGAAAACCUUUGGCCACGCGGUCAGCUUGGAGCAACACACUAACAUCCACUCUCAGGAGAAAAGCUUUGAGUGCAAAAUGUGCGGCAAGACGUUCAAGCGGUCGUCCACCUUGUCUACUCAUCUGCUGAUCCACUCGGACACCCGGCCGUAUCCCUGCCAAUACUGUGGGAAGCGCUUCCAUCAGAAGUCGGAUAUGAAGAAGCACACCUACAUUCACACAGGGGAAAAGCCGCACAAAUGCCAGGUCUGCGGCAAAGCCUUCAGCCAAAGCUCUAACCUCAUUACACACAGCCGCAAGCACACCGGCUUCAAACCAUUCACCUGCGACCUCUGCGGGAGAGGUUUCCAGCGCAAGGUGGAUCUUCGGCGUCACCGGGAGAGCCAGCACAGCCUCAAGUGAAAGGGGAUUCCCGUCUUGGCAUUCGCUGUGGCAGAGGGUCGGGAGCGUGCGGCCCAAGAGCUGUAGGCAGUCCUUGGCCCAGAUUGUCAAUCCCAACCACUUUGGCUCCACCCGUUUUGCUUCUGACCCCGCCUGCUUUGGGCCUUGGUGCCACUCACCGAUGGAAGGUAGAUCUCAGAUUGCAUCUACAGCCGGGAAGCCUUCAGCCCAUAUUAAAAGCCCCGUUGGGUUAAGAGUGGUAGAAAAAUAAGAAAUAAAAUUCCCCUCAAGCUGAGAUGUGGAGAACAAAAGAGCAAGGAUGUGAAUUGGUUUGUGAAGUCAGAGAGAGAGAGAUAGAAAGAGGGCAAAAGAAUCUGGAUUUGCCAUGUUUCUUUGGGUUUCGCAACGCAACAAAGUUCAGAUUAGAAGACUACGUUAACAGGAAGUGUUUAGUAGAUGUAACUAGGUUGAAUAGGUAAGGCAAAUCUGCAAAACUACCCAUAAAAAAAAACAAAUCAGACACCAGGUUUCCGGGGUGGAAGACAAAGGAUCUGGUGUUCAGGAUAUUUCCAUCGCUAUCCAUGGUUUACAUGAUCCAUUGUGCAAAGAUUUUGCCUCUGUUUGAAUCUCUGUUUCCUAAGAAAAAAAAAAACUUGAAAUCAAUAAAUGCUGUUAACAAAC